UACAACCGUGCGCGCGCCGGGCAAAAUAAUAAUAAUAUGGGAACCUACAGAUAAUACAAUGGCAAGUAAAAGCGGUGACAUCGGAGACAGCCGCCUUUGUUUUCCGCCGAAAACCCUCUGGCCAUCACGGCACUCUGCAACUGCCAGCCAUCGGUUGCGGCUGCGGUAGCAGCUGUAGUUCCUCCUCGUCCGUCGCCUGGCUACGUUCGACCUCGUUGGCUCGGGAGUUUGAAGUUCAAAGUUCAUAGCAUUUAAAAGUGUGUCGUGUUUCGAGAAGAGUGGAGUCGACUGCUCAGCGGCUUGCCUUUCUGUUAUUCUCUGAGAGUGGAAAUUAUUGCGGGAAGUGUGACAACUGUGAGUCAGCCGGCCUCCUAACCUCCGCGCGCGGCAGUCAGUCCCGUCAGCGUCAGCCAACUGCAGCCACGAGCCACACGAGCGCUCCGCCGCCGGUGGAUGGCAGCAGGCAGCCAGCCUGUUGCAGUUUUAUAACUUUGUGUUUGAGUGUUGGUCUGCAGUGGAGGAGCUGCGGCCUCAGGCCUGUGCGCGAGUGAAUAGAGUCGAGUCGCGAUCUUCUCAACUUUCCGCUGCCGAUACGUGUAUUCGAAUCGAAAUUCACACAGCUUUCGUUCGACUUUAUCGGCGGCCGUCUCGCCAAGGAAGGGGGCGGCGAACCAUUGCCUACUGCACCGUCGACCUCUGAAAAGGGCUCAUCAUUGUUUCUCCACGCGGCUCUUCGCAAACGUCGUUUCUAAAAACGAACAUGGAGCGGCUGCCGGACAAUGCGAUGGUCAAUGUGAUUCAGUACUUGGACCUGACGGACCUCUUCACCUGCCGCCUCGUGUGCAAGAGGAUCGGGGCCGUGGCCGUUCAUCCUGACGUUUGGCGAGACCGACCCGGCGGCCGACGUGAAUGGUGGAAGGAAUGCGUUUGCCCGGUGCUGCGCGUGGCGCCUUGUUCGGAUUCCUUGAACAUCAACAUCAGCGACUACUGCGGCGAGAACAAGACGUUUUGUUCCCAACUGCUGUUAGCCCUGACCAGGUGUGCUGCCAGAACCGUUGCGGUGUCGGUGAACGUAAGUGAGCGCGGGGCCGUCGCACUAGCUUCUCUAUUUAUCCGACGCCAAGAGGAGCUCGGUCGCCUACGGGCUGUUCAGAUAGAGUUAGACGAGGAAGACGAGAACGGGGACGAUGCCUCCGUGCUGUUGGCGACAGUAGCGUCGAUGCCCGACCUGAAAAGGCUCGUAGUUGCGGGUAUCACAGCGAGUAAACCAAGUCUGGUUUCGCUCUACUUCACCUCGGCGUCCCUAGAAUACUUCGAGUGUGAACUUCGUCCAGAGUCAGCAUCGUUCUGCGCCUUAGUGAUAGCGGCGAACGCCAAUGCACUAAAAGAGGUUGUUCUCGUUGGCAAGAGCGACAGCUGCUCCAAGUUGACCUCGUUGGCGCCUCUUCUGGCAGGCUUGCCCAAUCUGCGGAGGCUGCGCUGCCGUAUGCUCCCCGGGCUGGGGGUUGUGGCGGACUCCGCGUCGCUGAGAGAGCUUACCCUCGACGUGCGGCCCGAAGACCAGCCUAGCGCCAGCGGGGCCGCGGCGCUCCUCUCCGGCGCCAACCAGCUGCGGGCGGUCACCUUGGACUACACACUCGCACCCUGCGACCUCGACCUAGGCGUGAGCUUGGUGCUAGCCUUGGGCGCGUCCGGACAGUCCGCCGUCGAGUCGCUGACCUUCCUUAACAGUGAGUUGAACGACGAACUGCCCCAAGCGCAGCCGCUGCUCGCCGCUCUGCCUUACCUGCCGGCCCUGCGGCACCUGCAGGUGGGUGUACUGACAGAAGCGCUGCUGCUGGGCAUCAGUCCAGCGUCAGCCCCAGCGCUGCAAACCCUCUCGGUGCGCCGUCCGUCGUUGGAUUUCGAAUGGCACAGGUAUAACGAUCGUAUUUCUGAUUCGCUCGAUACCGUUACGUGUUGUAAACACCAUGCCUGCGUUCACUCCUGGCUGCACAUCGACGCUGUUAACACACUGCUGUCCGUAAAUCCCUCGCUCCAGCUUCUUAUACCUACUUACUCUUACUAUUAUUGUGGAUUGCUAAAUAGUUGUGUGGCGUGUCGACAGGGCUGCCACCCGAAACUGAGGGAUUGCAAAGAUGAUCAAAAUCUGAAGUUAACUCAAAAUAUGCUUGUCCCUCGAAACAUUCCCCUAUGAAAUUGAUUGUUACAAUGUUUGUGUCACCUUGGUUUCCCGCUGUUAUAUUCUUUGUAAGUCUUCAAU